GGCGCGGCCGCUCGGAGAGCGCGGGGCGGCGCGCGGCGUGCGGGUCGCGGCUGAGCUGGGGCUCGGGCGCCGGCUGGCGGGGCUCGCCCGGGACUGCCUCAGGCUCGCCGAGCGCGCCGCCGGCCCGGCCCGAGGGCCCGCCUGACCGCGCCGGCCCGCGCCUGCUCCUGCUCGGCCCGCUGCGGGGCCGCGGGGGCCGCGUCCGGGAGGCAGCGGCCGCCAGCGCGGGGCACUCGGCGGCCACCCCCCGCCCCGUGCCGCCGCCUGGCCGACCUCCGGGCUUGGCUCCGCCGCGCCCCGGCCGCGGCUUCUGGCCCGGGUUGCGCGCCGCUGGGGCGCGGGCGGGGUCGGGGGGCGCGGGGCCGCCGCUGCUCGCCCAACGCGCGUCGGCGUCCCGUGCCCGGCGGCCGGCGAGCAUGGAGGAGAAGUACCUGCCGGAGCUGAUGGCGGAGAAGGACUCCCUGGACCCCUCCUUCACGCACGCUCUGCGGCUGGUGAACCAAGAAAUAGAAAAGUUUCAGAAAGGAGAAGGCAAGGACGAAGAAAAGUACAUCGAUGUGGUGAUUAAUAAGAACAUGAAGCUGGGACAGAAAGUGUUAAUUCCUGUAAAGCAGUUCCCUAAGUUCAACUUUGUGGGGAAACUUUUGGGUCCCCGUGGCAAUUCUCUGAAGCGCUUACAAGAAGAAACCUUGACAAAAAUGUCCAUCCUUGGAAAAGGUUCCAUGCGAGACAAGGCAAAGGAAGAAGAGUUGAGGAAGAGUGGGGAAGCAAAAUACUUUCACCUCAACGAUGACCUCCACGUUCUCAUCGAAGUGUUCGCUCCACCAGCAGAAGCAUAUGCCCGGAUGGGACACGCACUGGAAGAAAUCAAAAAGUUCCUCAUUCCUGACUAUAAUGAUGAAAUCAGGCAAGCACAGCUCCAAGAGUUGACGUAUUUGAAUGGUGGUUCAGAAAACGCAGAUGUCCCAGUUGUUCGAGGAAAACCCACCUUGCGUACAAGAGGUGUACCAGCCCCAGCAGUAACCAGGGGAAGGGGAGGAGUCACAGCCCGGCCAGUUGGAGUUGGUGUACCACGAGGGACGCCGGCUUCCAGAGGAGUCCUUUCCACCCGAGGGCCAGUGAGUCGGGGAAGAGGGCUUCUCACUCCCAGAGCAAGAGGAGUGCCCCCAACUGGGUACAGACCUCCGCCGCCACCCCCAACACAAGAGACCUACGGAGAUUAUGACUAUGAUGAUGGUUAUGGCACUGCUUAUGACGAACAGAGUUAUGAUUCCUAUGAUAACAGCUAUAGCACCCCUGCCCAAAGUGGUGCUGAUUACUAUGAUUACGGACAUGGACUCAGUGAAGAGACGUAUGAUUCCUACGGGCAAGAGGACUGGACUAACUCAAGACACAAGGCACCUUCAGCGAGGACAGCAAAGGGCGUCUACAGAGACCAGCCAUAUGGCAGAUACUGAUUGUACUGUCUGAUGUUGUGAAAUAGCCAAUCUCCACCAGUCCUGUAUACUGUUCAAAGUAAUUUUUUUCUAUGAACAAUCCCUUUUUAAAUAAAUCAAAAUGCUUAAAAUCUGAAUGGAUGGAACUUUAAAACUACUUUGUUGAAACAUCAACCUGGGCAGAAAAAAGGAAAAAAAAAAAAAAAAGACAUGUAAAAUUUUGUUAUUUCCAGUCUGUAUAUGAAAAAAAUAGGUCAUCAAAAGGAAAAAAAAAAUAACUUUGAUUAACUAGUGUUAAACAAAAAAAUAGGUUUACUAAAUAUGUUAAUCCAUCCUUUUAACAUAAGCCUCACCUUUCAUUUUAAAGGUUUCCAUAGAAAUUUAGUUAUUUUAUCUUUCAGCCAUAUGCUAGUUUUUUUUUUUUCUCUUGCCAACAUGCGUAAAAAGGGAAGCCAAUUACAAGUGCAAAUAAUGUGGUAUUCUUUUGUAACUCAAGUCUUGAAAUGUUCUGUAGUGUUAAGCAAAGUCUCCUCUUGCUUGAUACUAAAUAAACUUUUGAAAGAAA